AAACCGGACAGACAAGACACACAUCACGAACAGAGAAGAAUAGGACACGCCACACGACAAGAUCGGCAGAAGGUCAUGGAUCCCACCCCCCCAGGUAUCCCCACUAUGGUGACCUCCGUGGGCACCAUACCCACAGAAUCUGGACUCUCGGUGCCUAGGUAUACGGACCUAGGCCCGCAAACGUUGACACACCAAACACCAGCCAUAGCCAUUGCCUCAGGGAGCGCAUCAACCUUUCAGCACAACGACGCCACUGCCACUCAAACUGUCAGCCAAGGCCACACAACCUUCCAUAAUUGGGGGUACACGGGCCCCCCCACCCAGACAGGCCAAUUCACCACACCAACGCCAAGCCAUGUCACAGGGGAACAGGCUACAGGACACCCAACCAACACAGGAUGGCCCCUUGGGCCAACAGGUCAAACUCAACAAGGUAGGCACAAUAUACCUUACUCCCCCUUGGACCAGCAUGUGUCUAGAACCUUGCGACAAAAGAUAUGGGACAAUGAAUACGUUUCGCUUCGAGAUUUGCUACCCCACACUUCAAACACUUUGACACCCUUCGACAUCGUGGAGGACGAGCAAUUCGUCCAACGCAAGAAGACAGACGCGGAAGGCAACCUGACCCUCAUUUUGGCCCCUGUCACAAAAAAGAGAUCACCACUAACCUUCACACAAUGGCAAGUAGCUUUUAAUAUUUUUUCGGCCAUUUACAUACAAAAAUUUCCUCAGCAGUCACUCAACCUUCUACAAUACAAUAAUCGCAUAGUCGAGAUGUACGCAAACAAGGGCUCCCUCUGGCUAUCCUACGACGAACGCUUCCGGGCCAACUUUAAGUCCAUGGGAUACAAGUGGGAGGUCCCCGACGCAGUGCUACUGGCCGAAAUCACCUUUAUCCAAAAAGCCCAGGAACAGCCCUUUCGCCAAUCCAAAACCUGCUUUCGCUGGAACAAAGGCAUCUUCUGCGAUGCCAAGGCAUGCCACUACGGACACAGGUGCUCCAUUUGCAACGCCUCCCACCCAGCCAACGCAUGCCCAAAACAACAAGCAGCUCAGGGGCACUCAGGCACCAACAACCACAGAGCCACGCAGAGAUUUCAACCCUACAAGCGUCCCCUACAAUUCAACCGCAGGCGAUAAGACACUGCAGUCCCUUAUCAGAGACAAUUCACAUGGUUCGUCCCUGUCCGAUGACAUCGUUACACCCAUCCAUGCCCCCAAACUCAACCUUGCACUCGA